AUGGAGAAGCGCUUGUACGUGUGGGGGUCUGGAGGGACUGGUCAGCUCGGAUUGGGGACGGAGGAUGACUACGCUCUUCCUCAGCUUUGGGAGAAUGGCCAGGUACAAGUAGAGUCCGUCACAUCUGGGGGGUGCCACAGUGCAGGAGUUAGUAGCGACGGUCGACUCUUCUUUUGGGGCUCAAGUGAUCGAGGCCAACUUGGAAACACCACGUCAAAGCUAGAACAAAAUUUUAGGAGCAUUCCAAGUGAGACUGUGGCUUGUAUUCCGCGCGAAAGCAAAACAAAGCUAGUAGUUUGUGGGUGGUGGAGUACGUUGGCAGUCGUAUCUUCCAAACUCGAUGACAACCAAGAAGAUCGUGUCUUCUCAUGGGGUUCCAAUGAUCAUCACCAGUUAGGUCGCGAUCAAAGCAUGAACGUUGACGAAGCUGAAGUGUCUGCGGAGAUUGUACACUUGCCUCGACGCCUGCAGGUUGCAACUAUUGCAUGUGGCUGGAAGCAUUCUCUUCUCGCCACUGCUGAAGGUGACGUAUUCUCGUGGGGAAGUGGACGCCACGGGCAACUGGGAUUAGGAGACGAAACCUUGGCGACAAAGGUUCCCAAGCACAUCGUGGCCUUGCAGGGUACGGCUGUCGCCAAUGUCUUUUGCGGAUGGGAGCACUCGGUGUUUCGCUCUUCCGACGGAGAGGUAUUUACCUGCGGAAACAAUCGACAUGGACAAUUGGGCGUAAUGUCUGGCUCAUUAGCGUCAGAAAAACCCAAGGAGAGGCGGAAGCAGGUGAAUGCACUACCUGUUCGAGUGGCAGACCCACGUGACAAUAAUCAAAGUCUCCGCACCGUUCAAGUUGACUGCGGAUGGCACUUUGUGUUGUGCCUUACAGAGGCCGCGGAGCCCGUAACUUGGGGCAAAGGCAGUCAUGGACAGUUGGGUCUUGGAGGGUUUGGCAACGCGUACGAACCCAAAGUUGUACCAUUUCCGCACACUAUAAGCCAAAUUGCAUGCGGCAGUGAGCAUUCCAUGGUGGUGACAACUAGCGGAGAGCUGUAUACGUGUGGAUGGGGCGAACACGGCAAUCUUGGUCAUGGCGACAAUACCAACCGUGCUGCGCUGGAAAAGGUUGACUUCUUCGUGAACAGCAAUCAAGAGGUUAUCAGCGUUACAGGCGGGGGCGCAGUCUCCAUUGCUGUCACGAGGAUUAGACGUCAGUAG